GCUGCCAUACCAAAGCCACCGCUCCUCCUGAGUCCCAACUGCUCCACCUCCCUCCUCUAAUCUCACAUCAUGUCGACGGCGGCUGCAUCUAGGCCCAGCGGCCCUGUCCUUCUGAGCCCCUUUCCCAACUACCAAUCCGCCUCGCUCUCCCGUGUCAUGCUCUCCGGCGGCGGCUCGCCGGUCAAGUCCGUCAGCGUCUCGUCUCCCCCCUCCUCUCCCGUGGGCGGCGCCGCCAAGAUCCGUCGGUCCUGCAUGUGCUCCCCGACGAACCACCCGGGCUCGUUCCGCUGCAGCCUCCACAAGGAGCGCAAGCAGAGGGCCCCCGCUGCCGUCGGCAGCUACAGCAUGCCGAUCUCCCCGCCUUCGCCGCCGCCCAUCGGCAGCGGCUACUCUAGCCGCAUGGUAAACGUGCUAGCGCAGCGCGUUCCCAUGGGCCCCGGGCACUGGGCGCGCAGGGCGCUCGCGCCGUCUCCCACUGUACAGCAGCUAAAGCACAGGAAGCGCGCCGACCGGUUCCGCGCCGGGGCCAGCCGGCUCUCCGCCGCAUCCAUGGCCGGAGGCCGUGCAGGCGGCAGCAAGCAGUAAAAAAACCAGCGUCGACAUGCCAUAGCAGUACAUACUGUACAUAGGAAAGAAACUCCCCGAAUAAUUCCGGUCGCUGUAUAGAAGAUCGGUGGGGAUUAGGCAAGAAGGCUGGAGUUUUAAGACCCAAUUUCAUCCCGGCCUUAUCAAUUAGCUAGCUUAUAGAGUGGCUGUACAUAGAGUGAGCCUCUUCUUCCGCUCCGCUGCACAGGCUGGUCACAAUGGGCAAGAACAUAAGCUAGUAACUUCACACUUUCCUAGACUAUGUUACUACCCCCAUAGUGGGUAGGAACAUCUAUGUAGUGUC